AUGAUCGGGUGGGGAGAUAUAUACAACGUUGUGGUGGCCGUGGUGCCUCUCUACGUCGCACUGGUCCUCGGCUACGGCUCCGUCAAGUGGUGGCGGAUUUUCACAGCGGAACAGUGCGACGCCAUCAACAGCUUCGUCUGCUACUUCACCCUCCCACUGUUCACGUUCGAGUUCACGUCCCACGUCGACCCCUUCAAUAUGAACUUCAUGUUCAUUGCCGCCGAUGCAAUUUCCAAGGCGGUGAUCGUGGCGGUGCUCGGCUUCUGGGCCGUGUGCGGCGGCGAAGACAGCGUUGCGUGGUCCAUUUCGAGUUUCUCUUUGGCGACUUUAACUAAUGCGCUGGUGGUCGGGGUGCCCAUGAUCAAGCCCAUGUACGGCCAGCUCGGGGUUGAUCUGGUGGUGCAGGCCUCGGCGGUGCAAGCCAUCGUGUGGCUCACGUUGCUUCUGUUCGUUCUGGAGUUCCGGCGGUCCGCGGGGGAUUUUUCGUCCAAGGCAGCGGCGAAGGACAGUGGUGGUGGUGGUGACGUUGAGUUUGAUUUGGAAGGGGAGGGGGUUGUGGAGGUGAUGAACGAUGAGCCGAAGCCGUUUUGGUCUUUGAUGAAGGUUGUGUCGCUAAAGCUCGCCACUAAUCCCAACUCUUAUGCCUGUACGUUAGGGCUCGUUUGGGCACUGAUAGCCAACAGGUGGAAUUUAGAAAUGCCAAGUGUCAUAGAUGGAUCGAUAUUGAUAAUGUCAAAAGCUGGAACAGGAACUGCAAUGUUUAAUAUGGGGCUUUUCAUGGCGAAGCAGAAAAGGAUUAUUUCCUGCGGCAAAACCCUGACAGUGUUUGGAAUGAUUCUGAGGUUUAUUGGGGGACCUGCAGCCAUGGCUAUCGGCGCAAUUGCUGUAGGUCUGCGUGGUGAUGUCCUGCGUAUUGCUAUCAUCCAGGCAGCGGUGCCACAAUCCAUCACCUCAUUCAUUUUUGCCAAAGAAUAUGGAUUGCAUGCAGAUGUAAUUAGCACUGCGGUAAUCUUUGGAAUGAUCGUGUCUCUUCCAGUGCUAAUCGGUUAUUAUGUAAUUUUGGAGUUCCUAAAUUGA